AUGUCGGGGCUGGAGAAGAGCGGCUUCGGCAUUGCGCACGACUUCAAGGGGCGGACGCAGGAGCAAUCAGAUUUCCCGAUUCUCUGCGAGACAUGCCUGGGUGAUAAUCCCUAUGUUCGUAUGCAGAGAAACAGGGAAGGCAAAGAAUGCAGGAUAUGUACGAGACCAUACACGGCUUUCAGGUGGAAACCGGGCCCGAAGGCGCGUUACAAGUCGACGGUCGUCUGUCAGACUUGUGCGAAGCUGAAAAAUGUCUGUCAGACUUGCUUAUUUGAUUUGCAGUACGGUCUGCCCGUUCAGGUUCGGGACAAGCUUCUGGAAGGAGCGAAGGUAGAACUACCUGACCAUCCACUAAACCGCGAUUACAUGGCCGACCGGCUGGAAAAGGCUGCUGAUCAACUUCCUUACGGAAAGCUAGAGGACCACGAAGGGAGACUACGAGCGAUCGCCAGAACUCAGCCAUAUUAUCGCCGGAACGCUCCAAGAGUUUGCACAUUCUGGCAAAGAGGGGAGUGUAAAAGAGGCGACGAAUGUCCGUACCUUCAUCAAGAAGUCCACCAUGACCCAGCUCUUGCGAACCAGAACCUCCGGGACAGGUGCGUUUCGAAGUUUCGGUUAUUUCAGCAUCAUUCGUAUUCACUUUGGGUAGAGCAGUU